AUGAAAAUUUCCACUGUGAUUGUUUUUUUGGUUGUAACGUGUCUUUUCAAGACCACCUCAUCGCUACCACCUGGGUGUAUCGUUUGCACUCCUCUCCUCACAACUCCUACCACUUGGGAAGAUUUAUCUGAACUAAUGAGAGUUGCAUGUCGGAGAUUAAAAGAGGCUGAGGACGCUUGCAAUGGAAUAAUAGAUAAUGCGAAUCUCACGGACUCUUAUCCGAAUAUGUAUCCUCAUAUUGUCAAUUUCAGAAAGAUUUUGUUCAAUCACCUGAACUGUUGUAACUCGAAAUGGUUGACGAGAGAACACUUACUUAGUUUCCGAGGUCAAAGUGCACUAUUCCAAAGUGCAACUCAAAUUAAGAAUGAUGAUUUGAUUGCUUUUGUUGAUAAUUGGUUGGCUGGUAGUAAUACAAAAUUACAGUCUCUCAUGGUGAAAGGAAAUGUGUUUCGUCCCGAUUUGGGUUAUGACAAGGAUACGAUCUUGAGGAAUUUCGAGACUAGACCAUGGAGCCCAGAAGUUAGAGAAAGAAGGUUCAAGUAUCCGCCAGGAAUGAAGUAUUUGAGCAGAACAGAUGUAAUGGAUUGUGCAUUUGGAGUGGAUAUAUUAAGGGAAAGAGACAACUUACUAGCGACUAUAUUGAUUGAUAGUAAUAAGUUUCGUUUCUUCGUUUGGCAUGACAGAUUUCCAAAAGACAAUGAUCCAAUCAUACGUCCAGCUGCAAGACAUAUGUCUCCUUGCUAUGUGAUUGGUAGCAUUUAUUUUUGA